CGUCCAGAUAUCCGCAGGGAGUCUCAAAAAAAGGAGUGAGCAAAUAGAGUCAGCACGGUGGCCGAUACAGUGGCGAUGACAUUAGGUGACUUUACUUAGUUCGAACAGCAAGACCUCGGGUUGUUCUUUAAAUGAUGCUACUGGAGUCAGAUUAGAAGGACUUUAAAACCCGACCAGAAAGACGAACGUGAUCUGAACAUGCUGGGUCUAAGAACAUUUGUUCUGCUGGGACUAAGCUGGGUGUGUCAAGCUGUUUCUAGUGAUCCAUGGCACCUGUGUCGCGAGAACAGUUGUAAGGACAAGUUUGGAGAUGGGACAUGUCACAGAGAGUGCAUGGAGUCACGUUGUCUACAAGAUGGCUUCGACUGUCAAAAGAGUCAGGACCCCUGCAAUCCAAGAUACAUUGAAUAUUGUCGUGCUCAUUACGGCAACACUCUUUGUGACCAGGGCUGCAACAGCGCAGCCUGUGGAUGGGAUGGAAGUGACUGCUUCAGUGAGCAGAGCCCUCUGUGGGCUAAAGGCACCCUGCUACUUCACACUAAAAUUCCAAAGCAAAAUCUCUCCGUCUCUGUCACUCCUCUACUCUGGACACUAAGCGUCAUCCUCCAGUCACCAUUAAAACUCAGGGGAAGCAUUUCCCUUGCGGCAAACAUGAAAUUGUUUGAAAUUGACUCUCAGAAGUUGGCUGACAUGCUGACGCAUUCCUCCCAAACCGACUCAAAUGGUUCCCUCCUUUUCCUACAAGUUGACAACAGGCCUUGCUCGAGGUCACCUUCUACCUGUUUCCCCUCUGCUACCGAAGCCGCCAGUUUCCUAAAUGCUGUGAUAAUGCUGAAGCCCUCCACAUUCCCAGCCCUGCCAGAGCUGAAGGCCAUUAUUGGUAUCAGAGGUGUCCAAGAGGAAAUAGGAAGCAGAGAGGAACAAAUGGAUGUUAAAGAGAAAACUCCAGUUUGGAUUUGGGCAGUAGCUGUCAUAGCAGUUGUCCUUCUGAUCCUUCUUCCACUGCUGGUGUUCUUCAUAAUGAGGAGGAUGAGGUCGCAGCGAUCCGAGAACAAUGGCAGUGUUAGGGUAAGACAUCGGCAUAAAGUUUCUAAUGAUGAUGAGGCCAGCAAAUCCAAGGCCUGGAUGCAACACACACCACACCAAGAGCAAAGAGUCCGAUCUAGCAGAGAGAAAGAUAAAAUCAGCCUUAGGAAGAAAAAGAUGGCCAAGGAAGCAGAGAAAAAGAAGAGGAGGGAGCCACUAGGAGAGGAUGCCAUUCGAAUGAGGCCUCUGAAAAAGGACCAAGAGCCAGGAAGUGAUACAGACUUUACCCAAAGCUCAAUGGAGGACAUCAGCAUGAGAUGCUCCAAGCGACAGGAGGACCCUUCAAUCUGUGACCACAGGAGCUCAGACCAGAGACACUUUCGGACAGGAACUGUUCAGACUCGCAGGCCAAUACAAUCUCCACCUAGAGGAUGGGAAAGAAAUGCCAUGCCACCUCCUUUGCUCAGUCCUCCACAGCAGUCAGCAGAAUGGUGUGGUCCAGAUGGGUCUGUGGUUCUGAUCCGAGCUGUGCGUAGUGGACUGGACAGGGUGGUUCUGGAGCUGCUGCAAGCUGGAGUUCCAGUAAACAACACAGAUCAUACUGGGAGAUCAGCCCUACACUGGGCAUGCUCAGUAAAUCACCUCUCUCUAGCAAGGACCCUUAUUCGCUAUGGGGCUGCUGUGGACCUACAAGACAACAAGGGUGAAACACCGCUUUUCCUGUCCUCCCUUCAUGGCUGUUACGACACUACCAGGCUUCUCCUGCUUCAUGGUGCCAACCUGGAGCUGCAUGACCGCCGAGGGCGUCGUCCGAUUGAUGUAGCCAGAGAGGCAAUGCAUCAUCAGGUUCUAGAGCUCCUACUGGCUCACCAGAUCCAGAGAGGGCCUCUUCCUGUUAAUACAGACAAUGAUGUCAUGUGGGAGGAGCGCGCUCUGAUGUACUCACCAUGGGUCAGUACUCAGGGUCUCCCUGGAAGAAGCGCCUCAUUCUCUGGGAUGAUAGCCCAUCGAGACAUGGCUUCAACCCCUGAGAGGGACUGGUCAAUGGGACGGAUGCAUUACCCAUCUCCACAGAGCUGGAGGCCACAGCUCAACCAAUCAGCAACGGCACUUGUUCCUCCGAGGGUUAUGGGUCGUUCCCCUCGACCAAUAAGUACCUUACAAGAGGUGACCUCAGAAGACGAAGAUCGUGACAGACAUCACGAGAACCCUCGAGCCACUACACCUCAUUUCCUCUCUCCGCAGCCAGCCCCUAGACAGCGCUCUUUUUCAUGUACCCAACAUGCACUGCAGCGCCGCUCCAGCGCUCUCCAGCCAGAGCCAAAUUACCUCAUAGUGACGGACAGAAUAGCCAGCGAGCCAAUUGAGAGGGUGGUGGUUUCACCCCCACCAACUAGUGUGAGCCAACUAGACCAACAACCAACUGGGAUGGGUGAAAACACCAGCAGAGCCGGACAGGCAGCAGUGAGUCCAGUAAAUUCAGAGCAGAAGCCAAACACAAACAACGCCAAUGACUCCACACAAACUGUCCUGUAAAAAAAAAAAAAUUAAACAGGCAGACAAGUUUCGGCUGAAUGUAAAAUAAAGGACAGGAUUCAGAAAUUAACUAUAUGCCUCAUGCAUUAAUUUGUUUUAGGAAAAUCAAAGAAAAAGAAUGUAAAACAAAACUUUGGAACUUGACAUCUCUUCAAUCAGUUUUUACAUGCUCUGUGCCCACUUGGCCCUAUUCUUUAUCACUUUUUUUCCCCAUGAGGCUUCUUAUAUUAUGGAAGGGAGAUAUUAUUGUAAAUGCUGUUUGUU